AUGUGUAGUGCGCGCCACUACCGAAGGAUCAAAACAAAGAAUGCAGACUGGCGUAUACGGAUCGCUUUUGAGAGGCUGGGUCUCUUUGAACAGAAAACGAGGUCUAAAGCAAAAUUGAGCCUUAAAGCAUUAGAAUUGAUUGCGCUAAGGUAUAUGCGCUUUGAACUCUCCGUACUCGCAAAAUGA